AUGGCCCUCUCGUGGAAGUCGUUUGACUUCUUCGAAGUCGCCCAGGUCUCCCUCCCCGACAGCGAGACCCAGCAGCUCCUGGAGAGCAACGAGACAUCGAGCGUCUGCGCAGGCUCCGACAGCCUCUUCCUCGGGUCGGGAGAUGGUUUCGUCGACAUCGUCGGCAGGGGAUGGAAGGUGCUCCGGAGGUUCCAGGCACACGAGACGGGGAGGAUAACGCACAUGCGCCAGGUCGAGGGGACAAGCCUGCUGGUCACGGUGGCGGAUGGAAAUCAGGAGGAUAUGAGCAGUGAGCCCGUUCUCAAGGUCUGGGCCCUCGAUAGGCUGGUCAGAAAGACCAAUCUGCCUACGUGCCUCAGCACCGUGAGCAUCGGCAAUGCGAGGAGGCAGUUUCCAAUCUCCGCCUUUGCCGCCGUCGACGACCUCAAACAGAUCGCCGUGGGCUUCGCCAACGGCUCCGUGGCCGUCAUCCGCGGCGACCUGAUCCACGACCUGGGCACCAAGCAGCGCAUCGUCUUCGAGUCCGAGGAGCCCGUCACCGGCCUCGAGCUGUCGGUCGACGACGACUUCCUCACGACCCUCUUCGUCUCCACGACGUCGCGCAUACUCAAGGUUGGCCUGUCGAGGAAGGGCCAGGGCCUGCCGCCCAAGACGGUCGAGGACGUCGGCUGCGGAUGGGGAUGCAUGACGCUCGACAAGCGCACGGGUGACAUCGCGGUGGCCCGCGAGGACGCCAUAUACACGUACACCCUCGACGGGCGAGGUCCCCCAAAGGCGUACGAGUCGCCAAAGAAGUCCAUCGACAUGUACCGCGGGUACGCGGCCCUCGUGUGUCCGCCUGCCGCUACAAACGGUCGGAACUCGGGCUCGAUCAGGCGUCGCUUCGGCGGUGUGAGCGACGAGCUCUUCAGCGCCUCGACGUUUGUCCUGCUCGAGAUGGACCUGCGCAUCGUGUCCCACACCGAAACGCUGAUCUCCCCCGUCCGCUUCGUCUUCGAGGUCUGGGGCGACUUGUAUACGAUGACGGAGGACGGAAAGAUUCACCGCUACCAUGAAAAGACGCUGCAGCAGAGGCUCGAGAUGCUCUACCAGAGAAACAUGUACCCUCUGGCCAUUGCCCUCGCGCAGAACGCGGGUCUCGGCCCCGAGCAGCAGAGCCUCAUCUACCGCAGGUUCGGCGACCACCUCUACCAGAAGGCCGACUUUGACGGUGCCAUGGUCCAGUACAUCCGUGCCAUCGACACGACGGAGCCGUCGCAGGUCAUCAGAAAGGUAAUGCAUAUGCGCUCUGGACUCGGACGCCUUGCCUGUGCUGACUCGACCCGCCCGCUCCAGUUCCUCGACAGCCAACGCAUACACAACCUCAUCCAGUAUCUAGAGCAGCUCCACGAGCACAGAAAGGCCACGGCCGAUCACACGACACUCCUCCUCAACUGCUACGCCAAGCUCAAGGACAUUGACAAGCUCGAGAGCUUCAUCAAGUCGCCCGGCGACCUCAAGUUCGAUCUGGACACGGCCAUUGCCAUGUGCCGCCAGGGCGGAUACUACGACCAGGCCGCCUACCUCGCCAGGAAGCACGGCGAGACGGAUCUCGUCGUCGACAUCCUCGUUGAGGACUCCAAGGCGUAUGCCGAAGCCCUGGAAUUCAUCUGGCGCCAAGACCCGGAAGUGAGGUACGCUAGGGUGCUCAUCGAAAACUGCCCGGCGGAGGCGACCAAGCUCUUCGUCGAGUACUACACCAGCAACUACAAGCCCAGGAGGACAGCUGUUCCGACGACGACGACGGCGACGAGCGGCGGGUCCCCCUCGGAAUCUGCAGGGUUCGCAGCCGGGGCGGCGAGCGCGGUGCAGAACCUGUCGAACCUGCUCUCGAUGAGCACGCCCACGAACGGGACGCCGAACAAUGGGCCGCGCCCGACGAUGCCUGACGGAGGCGUCGUACCCGACGAGGACAGCGUCUCGGGGCCCAAGUACACCCCUCCGCCGCCUCGGACGGCAUUCUCGUCGUUCAUCGACCACCCGGACGAGUUCAUCGUGUUCCUCGAGGCCUGCCUGGAGGACGACGGGCUCAAGGACGCCCACCGCACGGACCUGUACACGACGCUGUUCGAGAUGUACCUGUUCAAGUCGCGGCAGAAGGGGCCGCAGAACAAGGAGGAGUGGGAGGCCAAGGCCAAGAAGCUCAUCGAGGGCGAGCACGUGCCCAUGGAGAGCUCCGACGUCCUCCUGCUCUCGCACCUGUCCAACUUUGGCGACGGCACGGUGCUGGUCAGGGAGCAGGCGGGCCUCCUGCUCGACAUAUUCCGGUCCUACACAUCGGCCAAGGACACGAGGGGCGCGCUCAAGGCCCUGGCCAAGUACGGCCCCGAGGAGCCGCAGCUGUACCCGGCAGCGCUGACGUACCUGACGUCGGACCCCCGGGUGCUCGAGGAGGCCGGGCAGGACGAGCUGGCGGCCAUCCUGGACAGGAUCGACCGGGACGGGCUGAUGGCUCCUCUCCAGGUGAUCCAGACGCUGGCGGGCCACCGGGGAGGCGCCAACGGCGGCGUGGCCACGAUGGGCAUGGUCAAGCCGUACCUCGAGGGGACCAUCACCCGGCAGCGCAGGGAGAUUGCCUCGAACCAGCAGCGCACGGCGGGCCUCCGCACCGACAGUGAGAAGCGGCGGGCCGAGCUCGCGGAGCUGACGAGCAAGCCGGUCGUCUUCCAGGCGACGCGGUGCUCCGACUGCGGCCAGGGACUGGACCUGCCGGCGGUGCACUUCCUCUGCAAGCACAGCUUCCACCAGCGAUGCCUGCGCAGCACGGACGACGACGACGGCAGGGGCGCCGAGUGUCCCAAGUGCGCCGGAGAGAACGAGAUGAUACGCAAGAUGAGGCAGGGACAGAGGGAGAGGGCUGGGAAGCACGAGCUGUUCAAGAGUGACCUGGAGAGCAGCGACGACAGGUUCUCGACAAUGGCUGAGUGGUUCUCCAGGGGUGUCAUGGAUGCGGGAAGGGAUGCAAAUUUCUGA